ACGAAGCUAAUUCGUCAGCUAGCUGCGGUGUUUCGGCGGUAGCCUUUUCUUUUUUUUUUCUCUCAGAAAUGUCUCCGGGUAGAGACAUGGAGAACAUCCCGGACUGCUCCUGGAAACUAGCUCUUCACGGAUUAACGAGCAUGUGAAGGUCUGGCCAGCGAGCAACCGGACCGGCCAGUAACCCUUCAGGGGACGAGAACAGGCGCAUCCAAAGCAAACAAAAGCACCUGAAGUCUAUGCGUGCGACAUAUUUCCUACCACGACACAAACUGAACACACACCGUGCUGCCGUGAAACCCUCGGCGCCGUCAGGACAACCUGUUCCUCUUGACAUGUGGGUACAUUACAGAAAAAGGCCCAUAUUACCCUCUCUGGUAUCGCCGUCUUUCACAUCGCCAUGGACCGGAAUAAACGCAACUCUAUCGCCGGGAUCCCAACGUGGCCGGAACGUGUCCAGGAGGACGGGGCCGGAGGCGUAGGAAACUGUGAGAUGGGCCCGCCUUCACAGGUGGGCAGGGUGUGUCCGUCCUCCUACAGAGCCCUCAUCAGUGCCUUCUCCUGUCUGACACGCCUCGAUGACUUCACCUGCGAGUGGAUUGGCUCGGGGUUUUUCUCUGAGGUCUUUAAGGUACGCCAUCGAGCUACAGACCAAGUUAUGGCUCUGAAGAUGAACAAACUCAGCAGCAACCGGGCGAACAUGCUGAGGGAGGUGCAGCUAAUGAAUCGACUCUGCCAUCCACACAUCCUCAGGUUUAAGGGAGUAUGCGUCCACGAAGGCCAGCUUCACGCUCUGACAGAGUACAUCAAUGGAGGAAACCUGGAGCAGCUUCUAGACAGCAACAAGCACCUUAGCUGGCCCGCCAGGGUGAAACUAGCCUGCGAUAUCGCCAGCGGUGUGGCCUACUUGCACUCCAAAGGCAUAUUCCACCGGGACCUCACCUCCAAGAACUGCUUAAUCAAAUGCGAAGACAACGGCUACACAGCGGUGGUGGGAGACUUCGGCCUGGCGGAGAAGAUCCCGUCCAAACUUGCCGAGGGAGAGAAGCUUGCAGUGGUCGGCUCCCCGUUCUGGAUGGCUCCUGAGGUGUUGAGAGAUGAACCUUAUAAUGAGAAGGCUGAUGUUUUCUCCUACGGUAUAAUCCUUUGUGAAGUCAUUGCACGGAUCCAGGCCGACCCCGACUUCCUUCCUCGCACAGAGAACUUCGGCCUGGACUAUCACACGUUCCAGCACAUGGUUGGAGACUGUCCGCCCGACUUCCUCCAGCUGGCCUUCAACUGCUGCAACAUGGAUCCCAAACUCCGUCCGUCGUUCCCAGAUAUCGUCUGGCAGCUGGAGGAGAUUCUCGCACGGCUCAAAGUUGCAGAGAUGGAGAACGAGUCCAGCAGCGGGGACAAUGAGAACAAAGCCCUGCCCAAAGGUGAGAAAAUCCAGGGCUUCAAGCGACUGAAUCCUCUCGGCUGCCAAAACGAUAAAAUCCCUCCCAAAUCGCCUCGGCCCAGGCGCAACAUCUGGCUCAGCCGCAGCCAGUCGGACAUCUUCUCCUGCAAGCCGGGGAGGAAGAUCAACGUCCAGGACCCGUACUACAACCCGCCCGCCUCUCAGCGGAGCCCCCGCACCUGCAAGGUCAACCCCUUCACGGCCCGGGAGGACCUCUGCGGCGGCAAGAUCAAGUUUUUCGACGUGCCCAGCAAGUCUGUCUUCUCGCUGGUGUUCGACCUGCACUCGCCGCCGGGGAGCGCCUUCACCAACCAGCCGCCCGGCCACGGCCCCGGAGGCUCCCAGCAGGAGACGUCGUUUUACUGGCAGCAGCUGCCGGGGCGCCAGUGCCACUCCUUACCCGUGUCCCCCCAGCUGCCUCGCUCCGAGAUGUUCCGCCUGGCGGAGCCCGCCGUCUCCAUUAACGCCGGCUCCGUCUCCUGCAUGUCCGCCCAGCUCUCCGUCACACUGCCAGCGACCAAUUCCAAGUGUGACGGGGCGGCGCUGCUGAGCGACAUCCGGCAGAAGGCGCUGCUGAGCGGCUGGGCGAGGAAAUACGUGGUGGUGGAGAUCCCGCCUUUCUGCAGGCAGAGGGGGGGGCACGGCGACGGCGGGGGGGCUGUGGAGGCGAGGUCGGGGGACGCGAGCGUGGAGAGCUGGUCUCCGAUGCUCACCGGCAGCGAGACGGACAGCGGCGAGGCGAUGGACUGCUCCGGAGGAGGAGAAGCGGGAGAGAGGGGAUGCAAAGCUGCUUUGGUUUAACGCCGGCUGAAGAUUUCAACAAGACUGAACUCUAAGCUCCUGGUUUCAGGGAGGUGGAGACAAGAAAAGACUGGAAACGUGUUAUUAAAAUAAAGCACUCACUUUUCUCUAAUCUGUCAAGUGAAUGUAUGGCUUUUUGAAUAAAUAAACCACUUGGUCUAGAUAAAUAACUAUUUUUCAAAGCUAUGGCCCGGUUAGCACAAGAGGCUUUUAUCUCCACGCUUUCUGUAAAGAUUAUAUUCUGAAACAAAGUUAUUGAUAUUUAAUAUUUUUUGAGAUGUAGAUAUCUUUUUUUCCCCCCCUCUAAGACUGCCCUGUUUUUGUUGUUGUUUUUUUUUUGUGUGGGAUAUUGAU